UGUUGAGCUAGUAGUAACAGUAGAUCUCUCUAAAUGGAAGUUGAAUUUUGAGAGCUUUUGUGUACUGGCUUUUGGACCGAUAAGUAGUAUUUCUGUAGCCCCUUCCAAAAUGGCGGACGCGUUGACGUGUCUGCAUACAUUUCAACAGCGGCUACUGCGCCCUCUACUGCUUCCUAAUACGGCAAGCUAUGACAACGAAGGCUGUAGCAGCGACGGGAACAGCGAUAGUGUGGAUUGUCUGGAGACAAGAGACAAAGUGAGGAGAAACAACUAAGCAAAGCGACGAGAAACAACUAAGCAAAGCGAAAAAGAAUCGAAAGAUGCUGCACAUGAAGACGUUUCUUUCCGGCCGGAGUAGCGGCACAGUCCGGGGCCUGGCCUGCGCCGCCGGGCUGAUCGCGCUCACCACCGCGGGAUACUACGCGUAUCGCAGGCUGAAGAGGACCAGCGACCGUCGAGCUGCUGAACGGGAAGCUGCUCAAGGAUCUGUUGUAGGUGUUGAUGUCGAGGAAGUUCUCGUAUGCACCGAAGAAGACCCUCAGACAUCAGCUGUUGUCCUGGUAACUGAGACAAAUCCCCAGCUCCACAACACCAGCCUUGACCCUGAGAAAUCAGCUGUCAUUCUGCUCUCGCAUCACCAUGGCACACGUCAGCUGCACUCUGCCUGGCAGACCAUCCAGUUCCUUUCCUCACAGUCCUGCAGCUUCGUCUGUGAGUCCAUGGAGGUACGCAGGUACAUCGCAUGCUUGGUGAGAGGUCCAGAAGUCCUGCUGUGGUGGAUCACCACCACCACCGAAAUGUCCAGCAAUCAUUGGGGAGCCUUUAACUCCACCAUUCAGGAGACCUCGAUCACCUGCAUACAGCGAGUCUGUGGGAGCGUGAGAGCGCUGGUGUCCUGCCAUCAUGAGGAGGCGACCAUCCACGUGCCGUACGAGGAUGGCGAGCAAACCAUUUACCAGGUGAGUCUCUCGUACCUUCGCGUGGACGUGGACGGUCAGGUGGACAUGUCCCAUGAGGAGGAAGGAAGUUUCUUCACUCCUUAUGCUGAUUCUGAGGUUCAGUCAGAAUUUGAGGAAAAUGACAUGGAACUUCCACUUGAGGAGCAGGAGGUGCCUUUCAUCAGCUUGUACCUCACAGGCCGUGGCAUCACAGACCUCGUCCUGAAACUGCCUGCCAUCCGCGAGGCGUUCUCUAGGAUGAUGGCGAGCAUGCAUAACAAGAACUUCUUGUACGUGGCUGGCAAGCAGAUCUUGAUGCGUCUGGCAGCAGCCAACAAACAGGAUCCGCGCGACGUACAGAGGGCAUACGACGAGUUGAUCCGAUUCCUGAGAGAGCCGUCCUAUCAGGAAAUGAUCAAGGCGGAGGUGCUCGAUGCUCAGCUGUACCACUUCAACCUGCUGGAUGUGUUCUUCGAACUCGUCUUCUUCAGCUGCUUAAUCAACGGCCUGCCGCCUGGAGCCUUGGACGGGGGAUUCUUGCAGCAUGUGUUCGAUAUGAACAGCCAGUGGGACGUGGACAUCAGGGAGCCUGAAGCAGACCAGCUCUUUUUGCUGCUUUCCUUAAAGCUGACACUGCUGCUUGAGGAACUGUUCUCGCAGCCUCUGGACCUGUACAGUGACCCAGCAGCUUUAGCCACUGCAGUGCUACGACUGGUGAAGGAGCAUGUGCAGGAGAUGCUGAAGGCCAUGGCAGAAGUCUGAGCAACACCACACUCCUCUGGCGCAUACACACACACACACACACACACACACCUCCCUGUUUUCUUUCUCUUUCUCUUCAUUUCACUAUCUUUACAGGUAAGUACUUAUUACGCUGUCUUACUGUGUACACAUUUAAACAUGUCUUUCUUUUCUUCUCUCCCUGAGCAGCUACACAAUACACAACCUUGACGGCCUGGUCUCUAACAACAACAUCUGUUAGUUUGCUCUCCGACUGCACAAACACCUGCAGCUCCAACGCCACAUAUAUUUCAGGCUUCAUUGUGAUCAUUGUUCAUGAGGCGCAUGUGGAGAGGAACCAGCUGAUCACGAACUACAAUACAGCUUCACCUGCCUGUGAUCGUGACGUCUCCCUCCCAGAUACGCUGAGCAUUUUCUGCACUCGGUUUGAGGUGCAGAACAACAUUGUGUAAAGGAAGACCAUCCCUCCCCCCAACGAUACGGUACUCUGUCUAUCCACGGCUAACGUGAGCAGAGUUAAUCCAUGGAAGGCUGCUGGACCAGACCACAAUCCUGGCAGGGUGCUCAAGGAAUGUGCAGAACAGAGCAUCGUGAGCAGCUGCAUCACUGUCUGGACACUGCAGCGGAUAGUUAGGACAGCUGGGAAAAUCGUUGGGAGACCAGACUGCGUAACAGUUUACCACAAGCCAUCAGACUCCUCAAUGACUAAACUGAACUGUACUGAGCACAGUACACACACACACACACACACACACACGCUCACUCGACUGUAUGGACUGAUCUGCACCAAAUACGGUCUUCCAUUAUACAUCAUGUCUACAGCACCAUCCAUUUCAAACUGUUUACCUGCUGUUUUGCACAUUUUCAUUACAUCAUGCAACUGCUGAUAUUAUAUGAAGUGUUCAUUCCAGUAUUUUUGCACAUGUACAGUAGAGUAUACAGUGUGUAUCCACUGCUUUUGUCUUGCACCAGGUUGCAAAGAUUGCACUUUAUGUGGCUAAGGGUGCUUUCACACCUGCCUUGUUUAGUUCGGUUGAAUCGUACCAGAGUUCGAUUGCUCAAUUGGUGCGGCUCGUUUGGGCAGGUGAGAAUGCAGCAAUGGAACUCUGGUGCGCACCAAAAGCGGACCAAAACAGCGGACCGAGACCUCCUUUAAGAGGUGGUCUCAGUACACUUUUAAACGAACACGGUUCGUUUGUGGUGAGAACACGGUCCGAGAUCGAAUAGACCUAACUGCAAAAAGUAUUGUGCAUUUUGGACUAAACCAGCUGCCAUAGUGGGUCGUUGGCUAUAUUUUCGGAAGAUGAGCAUGUCACAGUUUCGCAAAAGUAAUGCUCGCCGCCUCCUGAAGUGUUUUUGCGAUGCGUCUUCGCCGUUUGCAGUGCGUUAAAAUGAUAUUUUCAAGCUGCAUCCGCGUUUCAUUCUGAAAAUGAAGACUUUGCAUAGAAUGCUGUAUACAAGCGAUGUAGUAGAUUAGAACCACAAACAUAAUUGCAGCGUGCAGUCGUCUCUCCAUGGUGUACUGUAUGCUGUAUUUUCCUCUUUUUCUUUAUUUCUGGAGUUUCGUUGAAAUUUCUCGCACGUUUAUUCUGACCAAUUGAGAAGCAGAUUAGGAAAUGCGCUCAAAGACAUGUGGCCAAUGAGUGAUGUGGAUGUUAUCACAUGACGGCAUUUUGGUUCGCUUCAACUGGUGCAGAACAGAACGAUCAGUGUGGUGUGAAAAGGAACCAAAACUGCUAAAAAGCUCCAAUGUAUAAUUUCUUGCUUUUGGUCCGGACUAUUAUGAACGAACUAUAGAUGUGAAAGCACCCUAAGACAAACUAACUUAAGCCUUUAGCUCUGUUGUUCUAUGUAUAUCUGUCUCUGUUCUACGGUCCUGGAGAAACAUUUUCUCAUUUCACUAUGUACUGUGUCGGCUAUAUAUGAUUGAAAUGAGAAUAAUAGCUUCUUGACUUGAUAAUGUGUUAUUUAAAUGGUUCUCCCAACCAAAAUUCAUUUCAGAUGGUGUGGAUUGAUUGGUAACAUCACCUGGUACAUUGCAAUCAAAUGAGUGAAUCCAAUGGCACAUUUAAUGUAACAAAAAAUGAAAUAAACACACAACACGUUUUAGUUAGCA